CAUACAGCUACUCCCUCUCUUUCCAAAAUUUCGUUUCUUUUCUCUUUUUCCAAGUGUUUUGCUAAAAUAUUUGUGGUUUAGCAUCUGGGUCUUGCUUGUGCUUGUUCUUGUGCGUCAUACAACCUUUCAUUAAUAUAUGCAGGAAUGGCUACACUUCCACAUGGAAAUAUGAAUUGCAGCAUUUUAUGCAAAAGGGGAGCGGUUUCACUCGUGGGUUUUGCUGCUCUUCCAUUUUCUCAGUCGAGGGUGAGAUCUUUCGAAGGUUUGGUUAGAGGACAAAUUAUCAGUCAAAGCUUAUGUAGAAAGGAAACUUCUGUUUUUCUUGGGAAAGGAUCCAACCACAUGCUGUCAAAGAAGGUGAUCUUUACCAUCCCUAGAUGUAGCCCUUCUUCAAACUCCAGUGGUAGUGACAAUGACUCCUCCAAACAGGCUAAGACGCCUUUCGGUUACACAAGGAAGGAUGUUUUACUGAUUGGACUUGGACUUACUGUCUUCGGUAUUGGCUUGAAAACUGGAUUAGAGUUUGCAGGAGUUGAUCCUUUGCAAGCUGGAAAUGUAGUUCAGCUGGUACUGGUUUUGGGCCUAACUGUUGGUUGGAUUUCGACAUACAUAUUUAGAGUUUCAAACAAGGAAAUGACAUAUGCUCAACAACUACGCGACUAUGAAAACAAAGUCAUGGAGAAGCGGAUAGAGGGCCUGACAGAAGCAGAGCUGGAAGGAUUGCUUGAACAAGUUGAGGAAGAGAAGAGACGCCUAGCUAGUGGUGAGCAGGUUAAUUAAAUUAAGAUCUUUGUCAUGUAUAGUUUCUAAAACAUUACCACAGUUAUUGAUGUACAACUCUAUGUAUAUGGGGUAGUUAGUUCAUACACUUCUUUUUUUAUGUUUGCCUUGUCUCUGCUUGCCCAAUAGAGACAGCAGGUUGAUAAUGCAAAAUCCCUUUUACUACUGCAAA